AUGCUUGAGGCUCAUCAAUAUUUUCGCUUAGGCGAACAUAAUUAUCAAAUACGUAAUUGGCAAUCGGCUCUUCAAUGUUAUCAAAAAGCAAUUAAUCAUUUUAAUGAUAUGAAAGAUGAAUUGAAAGACGAUAGUUUAAACUUGAAUAUCGAUGUACAAAUUAAUCAAUGUCAAAAAAAUAUUCAUAUAUGUCAAUUGAGAGAAAAAUGCGAACAAUUGGCAAAAGCAGAAAAACAUUUACUAAGAACACGUUCGGCAUCAGAAACUACCCAUUUAAAUCAUCUAAAUUCUUCAACAAAACCGAAAACAUCAGUAAUCAAUAAACAGUCAACAAUCGUACAUUACAGUCCAAUAUCAAAUACAUUAGAAAAUGUUAACCGUCGUACGGAUUCUGAUUCAUUUAUUCAUUAUUUAUUUGCUAAUAAUGAUCCACAAUCAGCAUUAAAAACGAGACAUAAACCUUUGGGUCAGAAGAAAAAAAAAGAUGAAAGUCAUAAAAUUGAAGAAUUACAAACAAAUAAUGAAGAAUUAAAAAAGAUAACUAAAUUGUUAAUUGAUGAUCUUGAAAGAUUAACACAAGAGAAUGAAUUGUUAAAAACCAAAGGAAAUACAGAUGUGAUUUUUGAAACAUCAUCACAAUCUUGUGAAUUAAUAAAUUCGGCAUUAAAUGAAGAACAAUAA